AAUGAAAACAUUUUAACAUACUUUAUAAAGUUAGAAGCACAAACUUUGGCACUGAUUUUAAAGCGUUUUCUUGUGUUAUAGGUAUUCUAAAGAAAAACGCGUAUCAUUGUGAUAGUGUCAUUGUCAAUAAUAGUGUGCCACGGUACGCGGUUGACAUUGUUUAGUUAGUUUUAAUUCGCCGGAGGUCACGGGCUUCUAUUCCACAAUGGAGAACAAAACGGAUUUUCGCUAUCCUCAUACAUUCAUACUCCUAGGAGCUUCAGGAGACUUAGCGAAAAAGAAAAUAUAUCCUACAAUUUGGUAUCUCUACCGAGACAAUCUUCUGCCGGAAAAUACAAAGUUUGUUGGUUAUGCUCGCACCAAACAAUCAAUUUCCGAGGUAAGAGAAAAAUGUAAGAAGUAUAUAAAAGUGCGGGCCGGUGAAGAAAAAAAGUACGAGCAAUUUUGGGAAGCUAACGAGUACUUAGCGGGAUCUUACGAUAGAAGAGUUGACUACGAAUUGCUCAACCAGCAAAUAACGAAGUAUGAAAAGGGACCAGUUGCCAACAGGAUAUUUUACCUGGCGGUUCCACCAACAGUAUUUGAAGAUGUUACUGUUAACAUAAGAAAUGCUUGUAUUUCCAUCAAGGGCUACACCAGGGUUAUUAUUGAGAAACCAUUUGGGCGAGAUGAUGUAUCUUCUGAUAAAUUAAGUGAACAUGUGGCUGGCUUGUUUAAAGAAGAGCAGAUAUACAGAAUUGAUCACUACUUGGGCAAGGAAAUGGUCCAGAAUCUGUUGACUACUAGAUUUGCAAACCAGAUAUUCAGUCCUUCUUGGAACAGGGAAAAUAUUGCUUCCAUUUUAAUUUCAUUUAAGGAGCCUUUUGGCACUGAAGGCAGAGGUGGGUACUUUGAUGACUUUGGCAUUGUUAGGGAUGUGAUGCAGAAUCAUCUUCUCCAGAUACUUUCCCUUGUUGCUAUGGAGAAACCUGUGACAUUAAACCCAAAUGAUAUCAGAGAUGAAAAAGUGAAGGUGCUUAGACACAUUCAACCCAUUACUAUGGAAGAUAUUUUAGUGGGGCAGUAUGUCGGCAACCCUGAUGGUAAGGGAGAGGAGACCUUGGGCUACCUGGAUGACCCCACAGUGCCCAAAGAUUCAAUAACACCAACAUAUGCCAUGGCUGGACUCUGGAUCAACAAUGCUCGUUGGCAAGGUGUUCCAUUCAUACUACGUUCAGGCAAGGCACUGAAUGAAAGGAAAGCUGAAGUGAGGAUACAGUUCAAGGAUGUUCCUGGAGACAUUUUCAAUGGCACUACCAAAAGAAAUGAGUUGGUAAUAAGAGUCCAGCCUGGAGAAGCUUUGUAUCUUAAAAUGAUGGGAAAAUCACCCGGAAUGAAGUUUGAAUUGGUGGAAACUGAGCUUGAUUUGACUUAUAGCGCUCGUUAUAGGGAAACUGAUGUCCCUGAUGCAUAUGAGCGGUUGAUCCUGGAUGUAUUCACUGGAACACAGAUGCACUUUGUAAGAAAUGAUGAGCUUAAGGAGGCUUGGCGUAUUUUUACACCUAUCUUAAAACAGUUGGAAGAGCAGCGGGUGAAGCCUGUACCAUAUGUGUAUGGGUCAAGGGGACCUCCUGAGGCAGAUGCCAGGCUGUCUCAGUACAACUUCAAGUAUUCUGGCUCCUACAAGUGGCAAAAACCAAUACACUCUUAAAUUGCUCAACAUUUUUUGACAGCUUUUGGUGGUGGUACUAUUUUCAAAGCUUAUUUUUUCUUAAUUUAACCACGUUACAAAGUAAUUUUGGCUAAGUAAAUAAUUUGAAUCAUUCCAAUCAUACUUAUUUCAAAGGUCAUUUUAAGGUUAAAUGAUUUUCUUCUCAGUCAUUCUCUACAUCACAAUUUGACAUUCCUUUGUAUGUAUAUAAACAUUAUUUAUUGUAUACAAAUAAAAUAAGUGCCUUUUAUUAAUUUAUUUACAACCGAGUUCUUUAACAAACUGAUAUAUAUAUCAAAUAGAUUUUAUCAAAGAAGUGGUGUAUUUACUGUGAUGCUCUCACUCAGAAAUACAAAUAAGUAGGUAAAUAUGUUUAGAAAACAUUUGUUGCCAUGUGGUUUAUUGACUGUGAUUGUAGUAACAUUGUUUUGUAGAUGCAUACUGAAACAUUUAAAUAGGUAUUCAAGAGGUCAAAUGCCAUUUCACCUUGUAUAUCUUGCAUUCAUUCGUGACCGUCACGUGUUUAUCACAUCGUCAUUAAAUGAAAAUUCCUUUCCACCUGGUAGAUUUUAUAAUAGCUCUUACAUGUACUUGGGUUUUAUCAAUUGAAAUUGUAUUUCCACUGGAGAUAAUUAAAUACUUUUAAUAAUAACCCUGAAUGCUCACUCUAAAUGUGCAUAUCGAUUAUGAUUAUGCAUAGAUAUUUUAGUAUUACAAACUGCAUAAUUUAUAUUUUGGUAAAAUAUUGUGUGUUCAUAUUAUUAAUUAAGUUUAUUUAUUAAAAAUAAAAGUCCCAGUAAAAUGUUAAGAAUUUGUACGAUGAUAUACCUAUUUAUGAUGCUGUAAUUUGAUAAUAAAAUAGCUGCUACGGGUAGAGUCUGAAGCUUUUUGAAUCUUUACAUUGUUAAUAAACUGAACUUAUCAGAAA